AUGUUUACCGACUGCCUAGAGAGACAUGUACCAAUGAAACGUGUUAAGAUUACCCGCCCGCCUGCUCCAUGGCUUAACGAUGAAAAUAUCAGGGAUCUUCAAGCGCAACGAAAUAAACUUCGCCAUGAAACUCGUAAUACCAGCGACCCCACAGUUAGGGCUACUUACCGUGAACUGAGAAAUAUGCUUAAAUCUAAAAUUAAGAAGGCGAAAAGAAAUUUUAUGCAACGAGCUUUAUCUAAACGAAACUCUAAGGCGGUAUGGCAAGUCAUCCACCGCGUCUUGAAGCCAAAUCCACAACCACUAAGACAAGAUCCAAACAGCCUCAAUUCCUACUUUUGUAACAUUGCCGAACGCACUGUUAAUGCCACAAAUAAAACAAUCGAAGAGCUACACGCGAUUAUUGAUUCGUUAGAGGAGUGUGGAAACAACUUUUGUACCCUACGUCCAGUUGCUUAUCACGAAGUCCUUCGCGAAAUUAAAUCCCUUCGAUCUGACUGCUCAACAGGUUCGGACCAAAUUCCAGCAAAAUUCAUCAAAUUAGUUGCAGAAGAUAUUUCAUCUCCCCUGACCCAUAUUAUUAACUGUUGUAUCGAAAAAGAAUACUUUCCUUCGGCGUGGAAGUUAGCUCGUACUUCGCCAAUACCUAAAAUCAACAAUCCUACAACAAAUAAUGAUCUGCGAGGAAUAUCUAUUUUACCCGUUUUAUCCAAAGUUUACGAAAAACUGGUAUUAAGACAAAUGGCCGAAUUUAUUGAUUUGAAGCACUUGUUACCCUCACACAUGUCUGGCUUUCGCAAGGGGCACUCCACUACUACAGCACUAAUCAACAUUAGAGACGAUAUUAUUAAAGCGAUGAACAGAGGAGAAGUUACGAUUAUGGUCUUUGCCGAUUUUAGUAAAGCAUUCGAUACAGUGCACUUUGAUAUCAUAAUAAGGAAAUUGCACUUGAUGGGCUUCUCUACGCAAUUUCUUCGGUGGAUGAUGAGCUACCUAACAGAAAGACAACAGUACGUCCAAAUUGAUGAUAAGAAAUCAGGAAAAUUGUAUACAAAUUUUGGUGUCCCACAAGGUUCUAUCUUGGGACCCGUCCUAUUCAAUUUGUAUGUUGCCGACCUCGCAGAUGAGCUAGGAACUGUGUGUAAUUGCCAUCAGUAUGCCGACGACACCACGAUCUAUAACAGUGUAAAACCAAAAGAUUUUCAACUGGGUGUAGAACAAAUGAAUAAUUCCCUGACGAACCUAACACGUUGGUCCGAUGAAUCUAAACUUGCUUUGAACAACAACAAAACUAAAGCGAUGUUGAUCACAACUUCUCAAAUGGCAAAUUACCAUUCGCUACGGACAGAAGGCAUGAUGAAUAUUUGCUUGGACAACAACAACAACAGCUGUAACAAUAACAGGAACAAUAAAUUCCUGGAGGUAAUGGAAAGCUAUAAGUUGUUGGGAGUCCAUUUGAGCAACAAUCUUCGUUGGGACAAACAUAUUAAUGAAACAGUUUCCUCGUGCUAUGCUUCCCUGGCUAUCUUGCGUAAACUUCGUAAUAUGGCGCUCUUCGAUUUGCGGAAAAGAUUAGCUGAAACCCUUAUACUAUCUAAGCUCGAUUACUGUGACUUGGUAUUUUAUCCUCUUCCUGCCAAACUACUAAAGCGUCUCCAGCGAGUUCAAUCUUCCGCCGCAUGCUUUGUCACAGGAAAGUUUUCAAAAGAAGACGCUGUUUUGAAAUUGGGCUGGCUCCCACUGCUCGAAAGACGAGACUGGCAUCUGCUAAAAACUGCUUUCAAAGCUUUGAACUAUGACCAGUGGCCAGAAUAUGCAAAGCUAAAAUUAUAUAACCCAGGGAGAAGUGGACUUCGAUCUUGCUCGAAAGAUCUCUUAGAAACACCAAUUGAUCGGACAUAUUUCAAUAUUCCGCAGCUAAAUGUUUCAAUAAACUACCUCAAACCCUAA